AUGGCCGGGAUGAAAUUGAUCUGGCAGCAAAAAAUGACUUGGGUGCUGAUUUUGUUGCAGAAUGUUGCUGUGGAGCCAUCAAUUUUCCUUGAUGAUGAUAUGCAAAAUGUUGCGCACGAAGAAGAAGAUGAUGGAAUUGAUCUGAAUGGUACUUCGGGAAAUGAUAGUGACAAUUCGUUGCAUCUGAACACGGAUGGUGUAGCUCCAAAUCAUGGCAAUGCCCGUGUGGCUAGUGACAAUGCCAAUGGAAAUGCUGCAACACUUGUUGACGAACCAGAUGAAGAAAUAUCAUCACAGCCAGUUGUCCCUUUUCUUGGAAUGGUUUUUGACAAUGUUGAAGAAGCUCAGCGUGUUUACAAUGAAUAUGCCUCGAAGAUGGGCUUUGGAACUCGCAUUAAUGUUGGUGGUAGCAUUUUUGACGGGGCUGCAACAAAUCAGUGUGAAGAUGUUGAUAUGAGCUAUUCCAGUAACAAAAAAUCUGCAAGCAAACAAGCUGGCAUCUAUAUGGAUGUGAGUGACAAGAGGAUAAGAAACUGGUUGGAGCGGUAUGAUUGCAAGGCUCGUAUGGGUGUUAACCUCAAAAACGGUAGCUGGGUUGUGACAGUUUUUGAGGCCGAUCACACACACCAGCUGAUUUUGCAAAGGGGGCGUCGGAGAUUUUGCCGCUCUCACAGAAAGAUCCCGGAUGCAGACAUGCAGUACAUCACUUCACUGCACUAUCGCAACAUAUCAACGGCUAAUAUGAUGGGCUUGCUUGGAGAUGCACGGUGUUGCGAUCCAAGGAGUUUGCCGUACGUGAAGACUGAUGUGACAAAUGCAAGAGCAAAGCUGCGAAGGGGCCUGUCAGAGCGUGAUUUGGAGCUGACAAUCGAGUACUUUGAGAGAAGACAAGUGGAGAAUCCCAACUUCUUUUUCUCGAAGCUAGAAGAAGAUGGAGCUGUUAGGGCGCUUUUCUGGGUUGAUGGGAGAACAAGGGCCUUGUAUCCAAAGUACAAAGAUUGUGUGUUUUUCGACACCACAUUCUGCAUAAAUCGCUACAACUUGCCCUUUGCUCCGAUUGUUGGCAUUAACAACCACACACAUACUGUUUGCUUGGGGUGCGCUUUGUUGCCUGAUGAGACCAUCGAAACUUUCAAGUGGGUCUUCGAGCAAUGGAUGUUGGCAAUGAAUAAUGAGCAUCCGUUGAACAUUAUGACUGAUCAAGACCAGGCAAUGGCUAAAGCCAUCUCAAUGGUAUUUCCAGAUUCAACACACAGAUGUUGCAAGUGGCACGUCUUCCGGGUUGCAAGGACGAAACUAGGGAAGAUGCUGGGCAAGGAUGAGCCUUUUGCUGAAGCAUUCUAUGGUUGCAUCAAUGAUUUAGAUACCGUUGAGGAGUUUGAAGAACGGUGGAAGCAGAUGGUUGAGUCAUUUGGUGUGGCUGAUAAGAAACACCUCAAGAACAUGUGGGACAGCAGGGAGAUGUGGGCUCCUGUGUACUUUAGGAAUAAGUUCUUCCCAUUCACAGGAACAACCGGGCGGUCCGAGGGCCUGAAUUCCUACUUCAAGACUUUAAAUCAUCAUGGAGACUCGGUUUGGACAUUUGUCCAGCAGUUUGAGCUUUGCCAGGAGCUAAUGCUUGAUCGUGAAGACAAUGCUGGCUUCAUCAAUGAAGCGACGAGGCCGCCACUCUGGGGAAAUUACAACAUUGAAAAGCAAGCUGCAGAUUUCUAUACCAGAGAGGAGACGAAGAAGCCCAAGGUCAUGCAGAAAAUGCACAAGUCUCAGGGGGUCCAAGUACAGCUUUAA